AUGGAAGUUAAGAAAGUAAUGCUCGUAAUAGCCAUAACCAUGGCUAUAUCCAUCACACUCACCAUGAAGAAAUUUGAAGAGUCGUCGACGACAACAACAACAGAAACAAAAACAUAUCAGGCAGAGACAACAACGGCCAUUGCCGAAGACUCUUCGACGACAAUGACAAAGUUGGAGCCGUCGGGAAGGCUGAGCCGAUUCUUAGCGGAGAAAACGAGAAACCCUAGAGCGGCGAGCCAUUGCCACAAGAACAGGAAGAUGUGCGAGAAAAUGCAUGGAAAAGGGUGGGAAUGUUGCAACAACAAGUGCGUGAACUUGAUGAAUGACAAGCAUAAUUGCGGAGGAUGCAAGAAGAAAUGCAAGUAUACGGGGGAGUGUUGUCGAGGACAGUGCGUUGAUGUUGCCUAUGACAAGCGCCAUUGCGGGCGUUGCGACAACCGUUGCAAGCGCGGUAAAUUUUGUGUAUACGGCAUGUGUGAGUAUGCAUGA